AUGGAAGCAGUUAGAGCUUUCAAUAAUGAGCUUUCCUCAUUGUAUGAGAGUAAGCCGCCAGUGUCCAGGGCCAAGAUGGCUCAGGUCACCAAGUCUGCCAUCAAGGCCAUAAAAUUUUAUAAACAUGUUGUUCAGAGUGUUGAAAAAUUUAUUCAAAAGUGCAAGCCUGAGUACAAAGUCCCAGGUUUAUACGUCAUAGAUUCCAUUGUUCGACAGUCCAGGCAUCAGUUUGGCCCCGACAAGGAUGUUUUCUCUCCUCGUUUCACUAAAAAUAUUGUGACUACCUUUACCAAUUUAUUCAAAUGCCCAGUCGAUGAGCGGAGCCGUGUGGUCAGGGUUCUCAACUUGUGGCAGAAGAACAAUGUGUUUCCAAUGGAGGUUAUUCAGCCACUCCUGGACCUGGCUGCAGAUCCAGAGAAUCCAGAUUUGGUGAUUGCAGCUCAAAGAUCAGUGGAUGAUGUGGUUAGUUCUACCCAGAAGGUGCCUCUGCCAGGGACCCAGGCAAGCAGCAAUGGAGAUGAUUCCAACCAGAUUCUGCAGCAGACAGAGAUGCUGGCAACUAUCACCAAACUCUUGCAGCAGGCUCAAGAGGUCUCAUUAACCGGCAUAGCUCCAGAAUCCCAGCUGCAGCAGCUACAGCAUCUGCAGCAGCAGCUCAUGAUGCAGACAGAGAGGAUCUCCAAACCUCACCAGCAACCAGCCGCCCCCAUUGACAGCAACCUGUUGGCCAAGAUCCAGGUGCUGACCAAUCAGUUGCUGAGUAAAGCCAGUGGUGGGGAAGAUGACAUGGUUGACGAUAGGGGCAGGAUGAAUUCAUCAGAGCCAUUAUUUAAUAAGGAAUUGUUGGACUUUGACUAUGGAGACAGCGAUGAAGAUGAAGACCGACAGGAUCAUCACCACCACCACCACCAUCAUCAUCACUUUCAACAGAGACCACCGCCACUAAUGCAUCAGGGGAUGCCACCAAUGAUGCAGGAUCAGAACCACUUGCAACAGUUACAGAUCCAGCAGAUGUCUCAGCAACAAGAACAGUUACAGUCGGAGAUUGGUGCCCAGGAACAGCUCCGCAGGCGUGUCCUGGAGCAGCAGCAGCAGCAGUUUGACAGGGAGAUUGGCCAGGCAGCAAUGAUUGGCCUGCAGCCCCCUCAUGGUUUCAAUGAAAAUAUGGACAGAAUACCGAAUGACAACCAGGAUGAGCUAGAGAUUCAGGAGGGCAUGGACAGAACUGAUUUUCGCAGACAGAGAGGCUCCAGAGAAAGAUCUCGGUCACCGCGAAGACGAUCCAGACGUUCCAGAUCUAGGUCCAGGGAUCGAAGAAGACGUUCAAGGUCCAGAGAUCGACAAAGGCGAUCCAG